CUUUUGUAAUAGAAAACUAAGUUAAAGGUCAUCUUUAACUUUUGUGCAACACUAAAACACUUGCGGUCGAACCGGAAUCCGGAAUUAGCGAAUUAUUACUUGAGUAGAUAAUUCAUAAUCAGCAUCAUGGGUCGCAAAUUCGUUGUCGGCGGAAACUGGAAGAUGAAUGGCGACAAGAACCAGAUCAACGAGAUAGUCAACAACCUGAAGAAAGGUCCUCUGGACCCCAAUGUUGAGGUUGUUAUUGGUGUGCCUGCCAUCUACCUUGCUUAUGUGAAAAGCAUCAUUCCUGACACCAUCAGUCCAGCUGCCCAAAACUGCUGGAAGACCGCUAAAGGAGCAUUUACUGGUGAAAUAUCGCCAGCAAUGAUCAAAGAUGUCGGCUGCGAGUGGGUGAUCCUCGGCCACUCGGAAAGGAGAUCAAUCUUUGGCGAAAAGGACGAGUUAGUCGCUGAGAAGGUUGCCCACGCAUUGGAGUCCGGUCUGAAAGUGAUUGCGUGCAUCGGCGAGACCCUGGAAGAGCGUGAGGCGGGCAAGACCGAGGAGGUGGUGUUCCGGCAGACGAAGGCGCUGAUCCCGGCCAUCGGCAGCAACUGGGACCGCGUGGUGCUGGCUUACGAGCCCGUAUGGGCCAUCGGCACCGGCAAGACCGCCUCGCCUCAGCAGGCGCAAGACGUACACGUGUCCCUCCGCAACUGGCUGUCCGCGAACGUGUCGGCGGAGGUGGCGGGCGCCGUGCGCAUCCAGUACGGCGGCUCUGUGACGGCGUCCAACGCCAAGGAGCUGGCGUCCUGCGCGGACAUCGACGGCUUCCUCGUCGGCGGCGCAAGUCUCAAGCCCGAGUUCGUUGACAUCGUUAACGCCACUCAGUAAAUCUAACGUAGGUUGGGUCACAGAACGACGUUUGCCCGUCUGCGCUCAAGUCCCUAAGCAUUCAAGUAACUACCGAAUGAGACAGAACACAAUGAAGAAACGUUUUAAAAUGGUUGGCAACAAUGUACGAAUUUAGUCGGUAUUUGUUUUUGCAAAAAACUACCAAAACUCGGUUUGAGAUUCUUUUUAACAUGAAGGACAUUGUAGUAAAGUGAGAUUAUGACAGACAAAACAAAGUAACUCUUUAUCUGUCACAUCUAUUGUAAGUUGCAUUAAUAUUCGUUUUUAUACGUUGUCGCGUCUAUGACUGCAGCUGGGCGGUCGUUUUGUGUGCUAUAAGUACUCAUUUAUACAUUACCUAUAUGCAUACGAUAUAAUAUAUUAGUAAUACUUGUAGAUGUCGUAUGCUUGCAGUUUGCAUUAUCCGUUUGAUAAGUUAAAAUCUAUAAUAACUUUUCGUUUGUAAGUUUAUAUUAAAUCAAAUUUGAUAUGAGAGUAUGUCUACUUGGUUAUUGUUGUUGUGUAUUUAUAGAGCGUUCGAUCUUUUCAAAUUGUACAUGUUUCUUUAUUUAACUGUUAACGUGUCUCAUACGUGAAUAAAUUCGCUAUAUUACCGUU